CUGGCUAUAGUUUUAACUCAUAUGUGAGCAAGUUUUCCUCUCCAACACUACUUCAGUUAUCUUAAGAAUAAAAUUGUAAACAUUCCAGCCAGGUUUCUCAUGAGACAUGAAUUCCGCCAGGAAUAAAGCGGGAAAGAAAAUUAAGUCAUUAUGUUACCUGACUUUGGGAGGCUCUGUGGCUUACCAAUUUAUUUAUAUGAAGAAAGAUUUCAAUGGUUACUAUGAGAGUGUGCUGCAACCUCUAAGUCAACUUCUCAACCCUGAAUUGGCGCACACAAUUGGAGUAUCUGGCUUUAAAUAUGGUCUGUUCCCAACUCAAAGUAACAGUGAUUCAGAAGUUUUAAAAACUGAAUUUUUGAACAACAAACUGUCUAACCCAAUUGGUAUUGCUGCUGGUUUCGACAAGCAUGGAGAUGCUGUAAUAGGCCUGAAAAAUGCUGGCUUUGGCAUGGUGGAAAUAGGAUCUGUCACUCCUCUCCCCCAACCGGGGAAUCCUAAGCCACGUGUCUUUCGUCUGCCAGAGGACAAGGCAGUCAUUAACCGAUAUGGAUUCAAUAGUGAAGGCCAUGACAAUGUGUAUAAUAAAAUAAAAGAUCUGGAUAAGUCAUUGUUGGCUAGUACACUGCUCGGCAUUAAUCUAGGAAUGAACAAGCUGUCUGAUAACCCUGUAAAAGAUUACUGUUUAGGUAUACAGAAGUUCUGGAAUGUGGCUGACUAUUUUGUCAUCAAUGUUAGCAGCCCAAACACACCUGGUUUAAGAUCACUACAGGCAAAGGAUGAACUUUCAAAAUUAUUAACCAAGGUUAAUAAAGUAAGAAAUGAAAUGCUUCCCAAGAAAAACAUACCCCUCUUGCUUAAGUUGGCGCCAGAUCUGACAGAACAAGAUAAAAAGGAUGUAGCAGCAGUUAUCACUAAGAAAGGAAGUCAAGUUGAUGGACUUAUUAUUUCUAACACAACAAUAGACAGGCCACAAUUGGUACACCAAGAUGUGUCCCAAGAGCCAGGUGGUCUCAGUGGAAAACCAUUGGCUAGCAAAUCAACAGAAAUGAUUAAAGAGAUGUAUAAAUUAACUCGAGGUAAAGUGCCAAUAGUAGGUGUAGGAGGUAUUUUCACUGGCCAAGAUGCAUAUGAGAAGAUAUUGGCAGGUGCUAGUGCAGUGCAAAUUUACACAGCUUUAAUAUACCAUGGACCUCCCAUAGUCAAUAAGAUCAAACAAGAGCUUGCUGACCUCCUACACAAAGAUGGCUACAGGAAUGUCAAUGAAGCAGUAGGUAAAGGUGUCAAAUGA